UUUACGCCAGUGUGGUGCGUAUUUAAUUAUUUAAAUUAUUAAAAGUAAUUUAGAUGAGUGCGUGUGUUGGUGAAGUGUUUAAAUUAAAAGAUGACAAAAACUCUCCGGCUGACCAGCUCAAUUUUUUAAUCAAAAUUCAUUGAUGUUGCACUAGACUGAAUAAAACUCCUGAAAGGAGUAACAGCGAGCCGUGAAUGAUAUUUGGACAUGAACUACACUCAAGGGAAGGGACGGCUCCAUCCGGCCUACAGUCUGAGUGGAAGCGAGGGGGAGGAAAAUUCAAUAGGACCCCGAGUGACCCGACUGGCAACGUCGCAGUCAAUUUACUCUCAAAGUCAGCCUGGUCAGUCCCACAAUCACUACAACACAGCUCACAAACGUGGCGGCACUAGUGGAUUUCAGCAGCCGCAAUUGUAUCACGUGACGAGCAGCGCCGCUGGAUUGAGCGAUACCCCGACCUCGGGAAACGCAAGCGACGAAACUCUUACUGACUGCGAGCUGACCCAUCUUGCACGCGAGUGGAACGGUUGUUUACUGGACAACUCGGCACCACGGGGACCGCCCGAUGUGCCACCUCGUAACCCUACAAUGAAUCGUUUGAACGGAAGACUGCCAGGUAGCCACGUAACAAGCGAGCACGAGCGUGAUCUAGACUUAGAGCCUUCUUGUCUUGUUCGUACGCCGUCUGGAAAUUUUUAUAACAAACCACCAAAGAAUAAUAAGAAUGAAUACAAUAACAAACAUCAGUCUACAGGAAAUAGUCCAAUAAAAGUAGAGUUACAAAACAAUAUGGACAGGGUACCGUUGCCUUACGGGCAUGCGCCAUCAAUGAUUCCAAUGAGGAGACAAAGUAUUAGGUGUCAUUUCCGUAAAGGAAUAGACUGGUGCAGUUGGAAAUUGAUCGCCAUUGUUUCUAUAACGGUCGCAAUUUGUCUAAUUGGUGCUUUAAUAUAUUUAGCUGCAUCCAGUUCAGUUACUUGGCCGUAUCACGCGACAAAGGCCUGUAACGUACUGGUUGGUGAUAGCAGCGAAAAGUCUGAGACUAAAAAUUCAACGUCUGCGUCAGCAACUUCGACUCCUGGUAGAUCGCGACAGCCGUCAUCAGGAGGUGAGAAUCGUGAAUCUGUUGAUAUUAAUGGUAUUGUUUACAGUAGAAAACGUAGAGACACUAUCCAGCAUGAUGAAUGGAAUUUAGAUAAUCCUCAAUUAGAUAAAAUGGCAUCAUCGCAAAUGAUUACAACUCUUCCAAAUCAUGAAAAUGUAUCAACUCUUCCAAAUUAUGAAAGUGGAUCAACUCCUCCAAACCACAGCAAUGAAUCAACUCUUCCCAAUAGUGAAAAUGUAUCAACUCUUCCAAAUAGAGACAAUGUAUCAACUCUUCCAAAUCAUGAAAAUAUAUCAACUCUUCCGAAUAGUAGAAAUGUAUCAACUCUUCCAAACCAUAGCAAUAUAUCAACUCUUCCAAACCAUGAAAAUGUAUCAACUCUUCCAAAUAGUAGAAAUGUAUCAACUCUUCCAAACCAUAGCAAUCCAUCAACUCUUCUAAACCAUGAAAAUGUAUCAAUUCUUCCAAAUAGAAACGAUGUAUCAACUCUUUCAAAUUACGGAAGUUUAUCAACUCCUCCAAAUAGAGACAAUGUAUCAACUCUCCCAAAUUAUGGAAGUGGAUCAACUCCUCCAAACCACAGCAAUAAAUCAACUCUUCCCAAUAGAGACAAUGUAUCAACUCUUCCAAACCAUGAAAAUGUACCAACUCUUCCCAAUAGUGAAAAUGUCUCAACUCUUCCAAAUAGAGACAAUGUGUCAACUCUUCCAAAUAGUGGAAGUGUAUCAAUUCUUCCAAACCAUGAAAAUCUAUCAACUCUUCCAAAUCAUGGUAAUGAAUCAACUCUUCCAUAUAGUGAUAAUGUAUCAACUCUUCCAAAUCAUGAACAUAAAUCAACUCUUCCAAGCGAUGGAAAUGUAUCAAUUUCUCGCCAAACUGAAUCAAAGAAUCAAUUAACAACCGAGUCAGUGAUAAAAAUAACAGAUGAACUUUUGGGAUCAUUUUUACCAACCGAAAUAAAUGAACCUGAUCGCGUGAUAAUAGAAGACGUGCCAGAAAAAGCGCAGCAAGAUUUUCCCGGUUCUCUUUACAAUUCCGAAGUUGUCGAGAUCGUAAAACUAAAUCCAGACAGCCCAGAGUCACCUCAAAAUACUUAUACUGUCGAAGAGGAUGAACAUAAACUAGGAUCACAGGACGAUAUGAUGAAAGAAAGCCAAGAGUUUGAAUCGCGUGAGAUUAAAGACUACGACGAGCAUCCAUCAGGAGAAAAGUCAUUGGUGUCAAAUAAUAUUAACAAAACUCAAGAUUUAUCGCAUGAAACGCAUGAUUUUUAUAAUCCGGUAUCAAAUAAUAACAAACAAACUGAUACUGGAUCACGUAUUCUUGUUAACGUCACGAUAUCAAGCUUGGAUUCAUUUACAUCUACAUCUAAACAAAUUUACGUAGUAUCUGUAUCUGUACCGAGUAACCCUGUGCCGGGUGAUUUAUUAACUCCUGGGAUAAUUAACAUACCCGAACUUAAAACUCCUGGUCCUGAUCCCGCUGGGGCUAAGCUGGAACCGGAAUCACUGGAACUGCCUCCGCCACCUCAGCCUCCGGGUUCUCCACCUCCCAUCUGGGCUGGCGGGGAAUGCGAGUGCUCUUGCCCGUGUAUGGACUCGUCUGAUGAUGAAUGGGACUCUUUUUCAGCAGAUGAUCAGUCUUUUGCUGAUGAUCAUUUAGAUAAUUCGGAAGAAGCUCAGAGUUACAAUUCCGAGUUUGAUGGAACUACUGUUAGUGAAACGGAAUCAACUGACGGGUUUAGUACUGAGAGUUUGUGUGGUACUACUCCCUUGCCACCGGAACCUACUAUUCUUAUUUUAGAAGGUGCCAGAACAUUCCCCGCCAGGUCAUUUCCACCAGACGGUACGACGUUCGCUCAAGUGACCCUAGGUCAGCAUUUAAACAAAGAAAUUCCCGCGUACAGUUACUGGAACAUGCAAUUCUACCAAUCGGAAGCUGCUUACGUGAGGUUUGAUUACAAUAUACCUAGGGGAGCGUCUAUUGGAGUCUACGCACGAAGGAACGCACUGCCUACACACACGCAAUACGAUCUACUGGAAGUAUUGAGCGGAUUCAAAGCCCGAACAACUCGCGCUUCACACCCUUCGAUAAAAAAAGAGGUGACUCAUUACAUGGAACCCGGUCACUGGUUCCUUUCACUCUACAACGACGAUGGCGAUCCCCAGGAAAUUUCUUUCAUUGCUGUGAUAGCAGAAGACAUGACUCACAAUUGUCCGAACGGUUGCAGUGGCAAGGGCGAGUGUUUACUAGGUCACUGUCAAUGUAACCCAGGAUUCGGUGGUGAAGAUUGCAGCGAAAGUGUCUGCCCAGUCCUCUGCAGCCAACGCGGCGAGUACAUCAACGGCGAGUGUCAAUGCAACCCCGGAUGGAAGGGCAAGGAAUGCUCGCUAAGGCAUGACGAGUGCGAAGUACCAGAUUGCAAUGGCCACGGCCAUUGUACCAACGGCAAAUGUAACUGCGUACGUGGAUACAAAGGAAAGUUUUGCGAGGAACCAGAUUGCCCUCAUCCAACUUGCUCAGGCCACGGGUUCUGUGCCGAGGGAACUUGCAUUUGCAAAAAGGGAUGGAAGGGAAUUGAUUGCAGUCAGAUGGAUAAAGAAGCCCUGCAGUGUCUUCCUGAUUGCAGCGGCCAUGGUAACUUUGAUCUAGAAACCCAGACCUGCCAUUGCGAGCCAAUGUGGUCAGGGGAUGAUUGCUCCAAGGAAUUGUGCGACUUAGACUGUGGGCCGCAUGGUCACUGCGUUGACAAUGCAUGCGAUUGCGUCGCUGGAUGGUCUGGCGAACUCUGCAAUCUCAAGCAGUGUGACCCCCGUUGUAACGAACACGGGCAAUGCAAAAAUGGAACGUGUUUGUGUGUCACUGGAUGGAAUGGUCGGCAUUGCACGAUGGAAGGCUGCCCCAAUUCCUGCUCAGGCCACGGCCAGUGUCGAGUCAAUGCAGACGCCCAAUGGGAGUGCAGAUGCUACGACGGCUGGGAUGGUAAAGACUGCGGUGUUCUGUUGGAGCAAAACUGUAACGAUCAACGUGACAAUGACAAAGAUGGUCUGAUCGACUGCGCGGAUCCUGAAUGCUGUGGAAAUCACGCUUGCAGAGGCAGCCAAUUGUGCGUGUCAGCGCCCAAGCCCAUUGACAUCUUGCUCCGUAAGCAGCCGCCCGCAAUAACUGCGUCCUUCUUUGAACGGAUGAAGUUUCUGAUUGACGAAGGUAGUUUGCAGAAUUACGCGCGUCAAGAAAGCUUCAACGAAAGUGUGUUCUGGAAUCACUUCAACACGAGUCGAUCAGCGGUGGUGCGUGGACGAGUAGUGACGUCAAUGGGAACAGGAUUAAUGGGCGUGCGUGUCAGUACAAGUACACCCUUGGAAGGUUUCACACUGACACGUGAUGACGGUUGGUUUGAUCUGCUCGUCAACGGUGGGGGUGCUGUCACACUGCAAUUUGGACGAUCGCCAUUCAAACCACAGACACAUAUUGUCUUUGUGCCCUGGAAUGAGGUGGUCAUAAUAGACAGGAUAGUGAUGAGCACGGCGGACGAGAAGCCACCGGUUCAUAUCGCGCAUGCCUGCGCUGCUCACGACUACGAUUUGAUGAAGCCAGUGGUUCUCGCGACCUGGAAACACGGGUUCCAAGGCGCUUGUCCUGAAAAAAGUGCCAUUCUUGCCGAGUCUCAAGUGGUCCAAGAAAGUCUACAGAUUCCUGGAACCGGUCUUAAUUUGGUUUAUCACAGCUCGCGUGCUGCGGGCUAUCUCUCGACGAUCCAGCUCCAACUUACUCCAGAAAGCAUUCCCCCGACAUUGAAUCUCAUUCACUUGCGCAUCACCAUUGAGGGAAUUUUGUUCGAGAAGACUUUUGAAGCUGAUCCGGUUAUUAAAUUCACUUACGCCUGGAAUCGGCUGAACGUAUAUCGGCAGCGAGUUUAUGGAGUCACUACAGCGAUGGUGAAGGUCGGUUACGAGUACAGUGAUUGUAAGGACAUAAUCUGGGACGUCCAGACCACUAAAUUAAGUGGCCAUGAUAUGUCAAUCUCUGAAGUAGGAGGUUGGAAUCUGGAUAUCCAUCACCGUUACAACUUCCACGAAGGAAUCCUUCAAAAAGGCGAUGGUUCGAACAUCUAUCUCAAGCACAAGCCGCGAGUGAUCCUUACCACAAUGGGCGACGGUCAUCAACGGCCAUUAGACUGCUUCGAAUGCGACGGACAGGCUUCCAAGCAACGGCUUUUGGCACCAGUUGCUUUAGCGGCUUCUCCAGAUGGUGCGAUAUUCGUUGGAGACUUCAAUCUUAUCCGUAAGAUCCUAGUCGACGGAACUGUAAAAACUGUCGUACGUUUGAACGCCACCCGAGUGUCUUAUCGCUACCACAUUGCGCUGAGUCCCCUUGACGGAGUCCUCUAUAUUUCGGACCCAGAGUCCCAUCAGAUCAUUCGCGUACGUGACGUCAAUGAUUACACAGACCCAGAACACAAUUGGGAGACCGUUGUGGGCUCGGGCGAGCGAUGCCUUCCCGGUGACGAAGCUCACUGUGGAGAUGGUGCUUUAGCAAGAGACGCCAAGCUGGCUUAUCCAAAAGGCGUAGCAGUGUCUGCUGAUAACGUUCUUUACUUUGCUGACGGAACCAAUAUCCGAAUGGUUGAUCGCGACGGAAUAAUAACGACAGUAAUAGGCAACCAUAUGCACAAAUCUCACUGGAAGCCGAUACCAUGUGAAGGAACUCUCAAUGUCGAGGAGGUUCAUUUGCGCUGGCCUACAGAGCUGGCCAUUAAUCCCCUCGAUAAUUCACUUCACAUCAUCGACGACCACAUGGUCUUACAGCUCGCGCCAGAUGGUCGCGUCAAAGUCGUUGCAGGACGACCACUACACUGUGCCAGCCCGUCAACAACUUUCGACACUGAACUCGCUACCCAUGCGACCCUUGUGAUGCCGCAGUCCAUCGCAUUCGGUCCAUCCGGUAGCUUGUACAUCGCCGAAAGUGAUUCGCAAAGAAUAAACCGCGUCCGUGUCAUUGGGACUGACGGUAAAAUUGGACCAUUCGCUGGGGCUGAGUCUAAAUGCAAUUGCCUUGAGCGCGGAUGCGAUUGCUUUGAAGCUGAUCACUAUCUGGCGUCAACGUCAAAGUUUAACACCAUUUCCGCCGUGACCGUAUCACCGGAUGGGGUCGUCCACAUUGGAGACCAAGCAAACUAUCGCAUCCGGUCGGUGAUGGCCAGCAUUCCCGACGCCUCUGGAGCUCGUGAGUAUGAAAUCUACUCGCCAGAUACUCAAGAAAUCUAUGUGUUCAAUCGCUUUGGCCAGCAUAUUUCCACCAAGAACAUUCUGACAGGUGAAACCUUCUAUGUCUUUACGUAUAACGUCAAUACCAGCAACGGGAAAUUGAGCACAGUAACAGACGCCAGUGGGAACAAAGUCUUUUUACUGAGAGAUUACAGCAGUCAGGUGAACUCUAUCGAAAAUACCAAGGGACAGAAGUGCAGACUGAGAAUGUCACGCAUGAAAAUGCUCCACGAAUUAAGCACUCCGGAUAAUUACAACGUGACCUUUGAUUAUCACGGCCCGACAGGAUUGCUAAAGACUAAAUUAGACAGCACUGGCAGAAGUUACGUCUACAAUUACGACGAAUUUGGACGUCUGACUAGCGCAGUUACGCCGACGGGUAAAGUUAUCGAUUUGACAUUUGAUCUGAGCGUUAAGGGAGCGACAGUGAAAAUUGGCCAGAACAACCGCAAGCCCGUUUCAAUGCUGAUUAAAGGCUCUUCUGUUCUGACUAAAAUCGGAGAAGCCGAAGCGAGAACAACAGUAGCCGGUGAUGGAUCUGUCAGUCGCGUUACUUCCUGGUCGCAUACAGUCAGCACUGAUACGCUUCCCUACGCUAUUUUGGCCGAAAUCGAAGCUCUGUUGGGUGAAAGCUACCCAGUGCCUGCUAAGCAGCGGACUGAGAUCGCCGGUGACCUGGCAAAUAGAUUCGAAUGGCGCUACUUCUUACGCAAGGUCCAGGGCAAGAAUCGCGGCAACCCUAAAGCGAUUGCCCAAGUCGGAAAGAAGCUUCGCGUCAAUGGUGACGUCUUGCUCUCACUGGAAUACGACCGCGAAAGUAAUACCGUGGCGGUAUUUAUUGAUGACCGCGUGGAGCUGCUCAAUGUCACUUACGACCGAAAUGCGCGACCUCUCAAGUGGCUGCCGAGGAACGGAAUCUUCUCGGGAGUGGAUCUGGAGUACGACAGAUUCAGUCGGUUGACCAGGUGGACCUGGGGUGACAUCAGCGAGAGCUACGGAUUCGACCGCGCAGGUAGACUGUUUGAAAUAAAAUACAGUGACAAUACCGCGAUGGUCUACGCAUUCAAAGACAUGUUCAGUAGUCUGCCACUGAAGGUGACGACACCAAGAGGCAGCGAUUACUUGCUGCAAUACGACGAAGCAGGAGCUUUGCAAUCUCUGACUACACCUCGUGGUCACAUCCACGCGUUCUCGCUUCAAACAUCUUUAGGAUUCUACAAGUACCAAUACUACUCGCCAAUGAACCGACAUCCCUACGAAAUCCUUUACAAUGACGACGGCCAGAUUCUCGCUAAAGUUCUUCCCCAUCAAAGCGGCAAAGUCGCUUACGUCUACGACCAUGCGGGUAAAUUAGAGACGACAUUGGCUGGACUUUCAUCUAUUCACUACACGUACCAAGAAACGACUUCCCUAGUCCGCAGUAUUGACAUAAACGAGCCCAACUUCGAAAUGCGUAUCGAGUACAAGUAUCACGCGGGAAUUGUCAAGGAUGAGAAGAUCAAAUUCGGCAGCAAGAGCGGAAUGGACAAUGCGCACUAUCGCUACCAGUAUGACGGCAACGCCAGAAUUUCGGGAAUCGAAGUCGACAUCAAUGGAAAACAGUUGCCGCAGUUACGGCUCAAGUACAACCAGAACCUGGGAGUUCUUGAAGGAAUUGGUGACUUGAGGAUCUAUAGAAACACUUUCAAUAGGUCGGUGAUGCAGGACGCAAGCAAGCAAUUCUUCACCGUGACUGAUUACGACGAGCACGGUCGUGUCAAGAGCAUUGUCAUGAACAUCCGGUCGAUGGACGUUUUCCGCAUGGAACUGGAGUACGACAACCGCAAUAGGAUAAAGAUGCGCAAGCUGACUAUCGGCAAGGACUCGAUGGACAAAAAGGAAUGGUCGCGUAUGGAUAAAAUAACUUACAACGCUGACGGCCAUGUUCUGGAGGUCGCGGAUACUGACAACAACUGGCAGUACGCUUACGACGAGAACGGAAACGUUGUCGGAGUUACUGAACACAAUGAAAAAAUAACUCUGGGUUACGAUAGUGGAGAUCGUGUUGUUCAGUAUGGAGAUGUUGAGUUCAACUCCUACGAUAGUCGUGGGUUCGUUGUGAUACGCGGGGAACACAAGUACAGAUACAAUUCACGCGGUCAGUUGAUUCAUGCCUCAGAGCACAAAAAGUUCCAGAUCUGGUACUACUACGACGAUCGUGGACGUCUGGUAUCUUGGAACGACGAUCGAGAAAACAUAACCCAAUUUUUCUACGCCAAUCCCAAGACCCCUGAUCUGAUAACUCACGUCCACUUCCCUAAAGCUGCAAAGACCUUCAGAUUUUUGUACGACUCGCGCGAUUUCUUGAUGACCGUCGAGACGUCAGAGCAGCGUUUCUACGUUGCAUCAGAUCAAAACGGAUCACCAUUGGCUCUGUUUGAUACCAAUGGAAAUCUGAUAAAGGAAAUGCGUCGCACGCCAUUUGGAAAGAUUAUCAAAGACACGAAUCCAGAUUUUUAUCUACCGAUUGACUUCCACGGCGGGCUCUUUGACCCGAUAACAAAAUUAGUCUACUUGAAUAAACGGCUCUAUGACCCCACUGUCGGUCAAUGGAUGACUCCAGCCUGGGAGCAGAUGGUCAACCAACUGACCACUCCUACCGACAUCUUUAUCUACCGAUUCCGUAAUAACGAUCCAAUAAAUGCUAAAUUGAACGUCGAGUACAUGACCGACUUGUCCAGCUGGUUGAAGCUCUACGGCUACGAUAUUCCAUCUAUGCUAGGCUCCGAGUACACGAAGGCAAUGGUCUAUCAGCCAACGGCAACCAUAACCUCGCCCCAACUAACCCCCGACUUUGGCGUAAUGUCCGGACUUGAAUGCAUCGUAAACCGGGUUCACGAAAAGUUCUCGGACCUAGACUUUGUGCCCAAGCCUCUUCUGAAACUAGAACCCAAGACCCGAAAUUUGUUGCCACGUGUCGCGCAUCGACGUGCAGUUUUCGGCGAAGGAAUUCUCGUUUCCCGCGUCGGAGGCCGCGCAUUAGUGAGCGUCGUAGAUGGCGUCAACAGUGUAGUCCAAGACGUAGUGACCAGCGUUUUCAACAAUUCGUACUUCUUGCCCCUGCACUUCAGCGUUCACGACCAAGACGUCUUCUACUUUGUCAAAGACAACGCAUUGAAAAUGCGCGACGAUAUGGAAGAACUGCGCAGACUCGGAGGCAUGUUCAAUGUUUCCACUCACGAGACAACUGAACAUGGUGCCGGGAAAGAGUUGCGUCUCCAUAACCCAGAUGCCGCUGUAGUGAUUAAGUACGGCGCGGACCCCGAACAAGAGCGACACAGAAUUCUCAAGCAUGCGCACAAGCGUGCUGUAGAGCGCGCAUGGGAAAUUGAGAAGCAGUUAGUCGGCGCAGGGUUCCAGGGACGCGGGGACUGGUCCAAAGAGGAGAAGGAUCAGUUGCUAAGUCGCGGAACCGUCGAUGGGUACGAGGGCGCUGAUAUCCACAGUGUCCACAGGUAUCCUCAGUUGGCUGACGACCCCGGGAACGUCGCUUUUACGCGCGAUACUAAAAGAAAGAGACGCAAGAGUGGCAACAGACGACUCAGCAGAUAUCACAGGCAUGACACGUGAUUAAUUAUUGAGGGUUAUAAUUAAAAAUAAACAUUUUUUUUUUGUUUUUAAGUGAUUUGGUGCCAUAGGCUUUUAUUAUUGUUUAUAAGAAAACAAAAAACACUAAAAAUUAUGAACUAAAAAAGUGAUUUGUAUAUGGAAAAGUGUCAAAAUUAAGCUAGUCCUUGCUUAGUAAAAUAAUUAUUUUGUAGUAUAACUAAAAGUUUAAAAUAAUGAAGAAAAAAAUAACCUAACCUAAGAUGUUAUAUAAAAAUAUUUAAAUAUAUAUGUAUAAAUAUAUUAAAUGACCGAGGUUUACUUUGGGGCAAUGAUAUUUUUUGCAUCACAGGGUCUUACAGAUAAGACGUAAAAUAUGAUAAGGAUUUAAAUGAAAAAAAAAAAAAAAAAAAAAAAAAAAAAAAAUUCAUUGUCCGUUCGUCCAAGUAAUUAACGAUUGUUGAGGUACACAAACUUACACAUAGAUGGCAGGAGUACUGCAAAAAUAUUUUUAAACGAUGCAAAUAAUAAUAAUUAUUAGUCUUAGUUACUGAUAAUUGUGAAUUAAUUAACUAAUGAGAUUAAGAGGGAUAUUAUUUUGUAAAUAUAAUAAUUAAGCGUUUGAAUAUAUCUAUUGUGGUAAUUGUAGAUAGUAUUACUUAUCGAUAACAAAAUAAAUUAUAUCGGUAUGAAUGCCGAUGCUUUUUUAUAUGUAAAACACUCUACACUAUUAUGUAUGUAUGUAUUAUUUUUUUUAUUGAACAACAAAAAUUUUUUUUUACAUUAUGGAUUUAUUUUAUCGCGAAUAAAAUAUCGUGGUUAUUUUUAAUUUUUUUAUAAUUGUACAUAUAAUCAAUAAAUAAUUAUUAAAAUUAUUAUUUUUUGUCGCGUGUUGUUUUAUUUUAUUUUUAAGAAAUUGAGAUUUUGGAAGCAUGGCAAACUUUUUUUUAGCAUGGCAAUAAUUUUUUUAGGUUGGGUCGUAAAGUCAAAUCUUCGGAUAUCUAAUGAUUUUUUUCUCUCGCAAAUCCGAACAACGGCAAGUUACCAUGAAAUACCGAAAUUUACCGUAAAAUACGGUCGCUGGGCCAAAAUACGGUAAUUUACGACCGAAAUGCGGUAAUUUGCGCUCAAAAUGCGGUAACUCGUUGUGAAUUAGCUGUAAUUUAAGGUUAAAUUUCGAAUUUUCUGACGAAUUUACGGCAACAUUGCUGUAUUUUACCGUAAAAUACCGUAAUUUAAGGUGAUUAUUCCAAUCAACCUUCGUAAAAUACGGUAUUUUACUUCAAAGUACGAAAUUGUACGGUAAAUUACGGCAAAUCGCGGUAAUUUACGGAAAAAUUUUGAAUUUCCUGGUAAAUUCACGACAACAUUGCUGUAUUUUACUGGAAAUUACCUAAUUUACGGUGGUUCUUCUAAUCAAUCUUCUUUGAAUUCGGUAUUUUACCUUAAGUACGGAAUUUUACGGUACACUGCGGAAAAUUACGGCAAAUCGUGGUCAUUUACGGUAAAAUUUUGAAUCUUCUGGCAAAUUCACGGCAACAUUGCUGUAUUUUUCUGGAAAUUACCGUAAUUUACGGUAUAUCUUCUAAUCGAUCUUCUUAAAAUUCGGUACUUUACCUUUCAGUACGGCACUGUACCGUAAACUGCGGUAAAUUACGGCAAAUCGCGGUAAUUUACGGCAAAAUUUUAAGUUUUCUGGCAAAUUUACUGCUACAUUGCGAGAUUUGACCGUUAUAUAUAAUCAAUCUUCUUAAAAUGCGGUAUUUUACUUUGAAGUACGGCAUAUUACAGUAAAUUACGGAAAAUCACGUUAAUUUACGGUAACAUACCGCAUUUCACAUCAAAUUCUCAGUAAGUUACGGUAUUUGGCGACAAAAUUUGGUAAUUUCCCGUAAUUCAGAUCCGCUAGAGUGCUGAAAUUUUUACCAUGCAAUCUUUUCAAGCUUAAUCGGAUGAAUAUUUUCAUGGAAAAACAAUGCACUGUAAAAAUUACUAUGUAAUUGCGCAGUGUUAUUUUGAGAAAUCUAUUGUUCCAUGCGAAACUGCUACAUGAUUUGAAGUCGGCGUGAAAAUUUAGAUUGCAUUCAAUUCGUAUGGCAAAAAUUACUAUUGUAAAGCAAAAAUUUUUUCACACGGAAAAAUUUAGUUAAAAAAUAUGUACGAAGAAUGUUACUACAAUCGAAAAAUUUACUCUCCAUACAGUGGAAUGCAAGUAAUUUUUACCAUACAAUCGAAAUAUUAAUUCAAAACAUGCCGUACUAUAUUUGCGUAGAAUUUUUAAAAAGAAUCAAUUGUAUAGUAAAGAAUUUUUAAGCGUUGUCUGAAUUUGUAUAGCAAAAUUAUAGGUCACAAUAUAAUUUUUACCAUGCAGUUUUGUUAAUAAAAUUCAUGGCUAAGAAUUAACUAUAAACUGUUCCCUAAAAAAUUUUAGCAGGCUUAUUUCAAGUGUGGAAAAGUUUCCAUAGUAAAAACCACAAAAAAUUUUUACCAUGCAAUUUUCUAAAUAAAAUUCGGUUGCUAAAAAAUCUGCCGUGAUAAUCUUUGCAAAUUUCUACAAAUAAUUUCUGCAUGGUAAAAAUUUUUGAAAAUUUGAACCAUGCAUUCAAAAAAUGUAAUUUCAAAACUAAACUGAGCUAUGGUUGAAAAAUUCCAAAAUCUCAAGUUUGUUAUCUUUUACACUUAAAUAUUUUUAGGUUAUAAAUUUAACCACACAAACAAAAAAAACUACAUAAUCAUAAGCCACCGAUACGUAACAGUUAAUGUAAAAUUAAUAAAUAAGAUUAUCAAUAAAAACAAUAACUAUAAUAGUAAUAAUAAUACUCAUAAUAAUAAUUAUAAUACUUUCUACUAAUAAUUAUGAAAAAAAAAAUGCUGUACACAUCGAAUGUAUAGCGACUGCCAACGUUGUAAAAAAUCAAUCCAUUUUUAUAAUUAAAACUUAUAAUUUGUUUCUACUAUUGUUUGGUUUAAAUUCGUCAGUAAAAUUGAAUAUUAUAUGCGCACUAUUUAAAAAAAUAUUGUAAAUAACGCGCAGGGAGAGAGAAAAAAGCUUAAAGUAAAUUAAGAAGCUUGAAUAAAAGUAAAAAAAAAAAAAUAAAUGCGAGUAGCUUGAUUUAGAAAAACACGCGACUCGGAAUUAAUUGAGUUAAUUAACGUAUAAAUUAAUUAAAUAAAGUAGAUUUUUGUGUAAGUGUUCUUAAUUACCACGCAUUUGGUGCCAGGAAUUACGGAGAUCGUUAGUGUGAGCGACUGGGUUCGAAUCCCGGUCACGGACUUUUUUUUUU